GGCGUUACGAUCCUUUGUGCUCAACACCAACGCUGUCAAGAUAUUUCGAGAGAUUUCGAGGCACCAUGUCGACGCUCACCGAAUGGCUGCAGGCUCUGAUGAGCCCAUCGCCUACAGCUUUGGCGAUCGCGCUGCUCCUUGCGCUCACGAUACCCAUUUUCCUGCACUCAUUUGUCUUUCGAGCAAGUGGCCUCACAACUCUCCCCUCCAUCCUGCUCAUAGGUCCAAGUGGCUCAGGGAAGACCUCCCUUCUAACAUUGGUAAGAACCUUUAGUUCAAAUACAAAUUACAAAAUACAAAAAAUAACAAGCAUAAAUACUAAUCCAUCACAGUUCGAGCGCCGCACCCAACCAGCCCAAACCCACACCUCCCAAUCCCCCAUAUCGGUCGAAUGCGACCUCCCCGUCGGCACCACCGCCAACUCAGACAAAUACCGCUCAGUCAACGACCCCACCAACCUCGUUCACAAAAGGUUCCUCCUCAUCGACACCCCAGGGCACGGCAAACUACGGCACCACGCCCUCGACACACUCACCAACCCCCAAAACCUGCGCGGGAUAAUCUUCCUCGUCGACUCCGCGACGCUCUCCGCCAGCGACGAAGGCCUGCGACAAACAGCCGACUACCUCCACGACGUGCUCCUCACCCUACAAAAACGCACAGAGAGUUCAAGCAAAGCCGCAAAGAACCUGAAAGAGAUUCCGCUGCUGAUCGCGGCGAACAAGAUGGAUUUGUUUACUGCGCUCCCGGCGGCGUUGGUGAAGAGUAGUUUGGAGGCCGAGAUCAGCAAGGUGCGGGUGUCGAGGAGUAAGGGCUUGUUGGACUCGGGGAUUGGGAUGGAGGAUGAGGAGAAGGAUGAGUGGCUGGGCGAGGUGGGGAGUAAGGAGUUCAAGUUUACGCAGAUGGAGGAGUUUGAUGUGUUGAUUGAGGUUGUGGGUGGGAAUGUUUCGGGGGGUGAGGGACCGGUUACUGAGAAGUGGUGGAAGUGGAUUUCGGAGAGGCUGUGA